AUGUCUGAGGAACGCAUGGUUGGCCUAGCACUUCUGUACACCCACAGAAAUGUCGGCAUCAGCGUGUCGGAAGUUCCAGAGUUCAGUGGAGAGGUCCUUCUCCGAGACUACCUCGUGACCGUGUGGCUCUCGUACAACUGGCCCGAGCUUGCCGACGAGCAGGCGGAGCUCAGCGCCCACAACGGCUAUUUACUGGAGGAGCCCAUGCCGGGCAAUGGACAGUGGCCCAGCGACGAGGACCUGACGGGGGCAGCGGUGGGGCUUUGCCGACUGCAACACACCUACGGUCUCGACGUGCAGCAGAUGGCCGAGCUCAAGAGCCCGUUUCUGAACGUGUCGGCCCACGACCGUCACGUGGUGGGCCGCAGCUGCUUCGACGAGGGUGACGUGGCCAACGGCAUCGGCUGGUGGGCCUCCAGCCUUGACGCCCUGGAGCUGGAGGACGACGAGCCCAGCGAGGAGCGCCUGGCCGUGCUGCAGUCCAUGGCCCGGCUCACGAUGCGCCUGCAAGACAAGACGGCCGCCUUCCGGCUCCUGCUCGCCUACCAGGACGGCGCGCCUGCCCACUUGCGUGCCCGACUGGUGGCCAGGGCACAAGCCGACAGCCGGCUCAAGUGGUCCUUCCUGGCGAGCGACGCGGCCCGGUUCGAGAGCAUGUGCUCUCGGAACUACGCCAGCCGCCCAAGCCCAUCUCCCGGUCUGCGCUGUUUGAUUCUCCACAUCGUCACGGACACCAUGCUGAUGUGGCGACCCCUGCGCGUGGAACUGCUGAACGAAGCUCCGAAGGUGGCGCUCGUGCACAACUUCCUCACUCGGAGCGAGACCCGUACCUUGAAGGAGCUGGCCACGCCCUUCUUGUACCGGGCGACGGUGUUCGGCGAUGACAGAAGGCAGAUACCGGCGUCCACACGCAUCAGCAAGGUGGCGUGGCUGCGCGACGACCCAUACUCGUUUGUGGCGCGACUGAGCGCCGCCGUGUCGGCGACCACGGGCCUUCGCAUGGAGAGCGCCGAGCUCAUACAGGUGGUCAACUACGGCGUGGGCGGCCACUACUCGCCGCACGCCGACUACACGCUACCGCACGAACAGCUCACCGACAUGGAGCUCACCUUGGGCCAGCGCGCGGCCACGUGGCUCAUGUACCUGUCCAGCGUCACCGUAGGGGGCAGCACCAUCUUCCCCAGCCUCGGAAUUAAGGUGGAUGCCACGGAAGGCCGCGCGCUGUUCUGGAUCAACCUGCUGCCAAAGCCGUCCAAUGAGAGUUACUUCGUGCGUAACCCGAUGAACAGGACGCGCAGCCAGGGCGACCACCGCACCAUGCACGGAGCGUGCCCCGUUCUUGUGGGCUCCAAGUGGAUCGCCACAAAGUGGAUCCACGAGCUGGGGCAGUCCAGGAUACCCCACGACUGGCCCACUGCGCUGACCACUUAGGAAGCGCGCAAACGCCACACAGCGGCGGCUGAAUUAAACGUGCACUACUGAGCAUUGCGUUUCGCCACCUCUUGUA